GCCCCAGCGCCAGUGACCCAUUGGCCCUCACACCAAGCAUGCAGCCGCUCCAAAGAACAGCAGUACGCUCCGCGCGGCUCCUGCGCCCGCAAGCACAGCGGCAAUGCCGGCGGAACGCCUCCGGCGUCCAACCCCCCGAACACACCCCUCCCAAAACCCACGGUUCGCACGAUCACGGCCCCGCCAACGAGUCUUUCGGCAGCGGCUUCUUCAUCGCCCUUGCUGCCAUCCCCGUCGCCAUCGCUGCCAUCUCUUACACCCGCGAAGGCCAAGCGCCCUACUUUACCCGCGUGAUUGUCGACACGUACGACGACUACAAGACGAAAUGGGCGCAGCGGAACGACCUGCACACACAGAUGAUUGAGCAGGCGGCGUCGGACCGGACGCUGUUCUUGAACGAGGGCUCGAAGCCGAUACCGCCUAUCAGGUAUCCGGAGCAAUUCAACCAUGGCUCGCCGUGGAAUGUGGGUGCGGGACACGGGAGCAUUAAUCUGGAGAAGGUGAUUGAGAAGUAUGAGAAAGAGGCGCAAGAGGAGCAGACCAAGAGGCUGCAGCAGGUCAGGGAGAACAAGGUUCCUGCGGAGCAACCUGUGCAGAGGUUGAUUAGACGUGCGCCCGCGCCUUCGAAUUGAAGGGUGGAGACCUGUGUGCUGUCUAUGGGAGGUGUAUAUAGCUGGGACAAGAGCAUAUGCAAAUUUACAGAGCUUUCACAUUAUCA